AUGGUUGCACAGCAAAUUGAGGCCUUAAAUGUGUUGAUUAAGCUUCCACAUCAGAAGGACGAAGUCCGGUUGAAAUUGGUGAAAUCCUCAACAGCGCAGAUAUUGAACGAUGCGCUGCAGUUCUCGUCCUCCAAAUGUCUGACAAACCUGGAUUUCUACUUCAAUGGGAAGAAACUCACAGGUGAAGAACGUCUUCUGGAUUUGGCCGCAGAAGACAACUCACUCAAAUUGGAUGUCAAAUACAAAGCUUACACUACAAGAGACGCAUUGAGACACAUUGUGGCCGUUCGUGACACCAUCGGGUUUGCUACGGAGACCCAAGAUGGAAUGUCGGAUUUUGCAGUAUCAACCGGUAACCAGUUUUGCGAUAUGCCACUUGAACCCGUGCAAAACGCGGCCAGUUCGAAAACUCAGUCUACAACGGACUCAUCGUCGUCUAAAGAUGGCCAAACCGAGUCUGCGGCGUUCGAUCUUUCGCCAGAAGAAGCACAAAAGUUCCAGCAAACUGUGAAAGAGGUCUUGUCCCAUUCCAAGUCCAUGAGGGAAAUCAUGACGACCAGAUCAUCGAUCGUAUCGCCUUGCGUUCGCUCUUUACAACUUUCCAGCUACAAUCCGGUUCCUGCAUUUUUCAAGUCCAAGGGACACUUGUUAUAUCUACAAAUCGCGACUUUGGAAGGUGAGUCUUUUCAUGUGACUGCCACCACCGGCGGGUUUUACGUCAGUAAGUCUUCGGCCAAUAAGUUCGAUCCGGCUGCCAGAGACGAAAACUCGAAGCUCUUUGUCUCGUUGAUAGAUGUCCUCUCUUCGCACUCGAAAAACUUUGGCGAACAUCUUAAACGCUUAGGCAAAAGAGUUAGCGCGGUGGACUCUGUUUGUCACGCCAGACCUUCCACUACUUUCUUGUGCAAGCCCUGGAUGGUCUCAACUUCGCCCAACUCUACGGGCGACUAUUCUCGCUUUCAAUUGAACGAAAGCGAUCUCAACACUGAGAGAAACUUCAACGAUGAAUUCCAAGCCAUCAAGGACAUGACUUCUGGUGACUUCCAGUCAAUCAUUGAUAGUGAGAAAUUGACGGCCAAGGUGUACCAUGAAUUCACCGAAACAGCUGUCAAAGACGCCAUGUCUAUCUGCAGUCACGAUCUUGUGCCUAUGAACCCCGAGGCACCUACUCAAGAGCAAAUUUUCUUAAAGAACAACAUUUUUUACUCGUACGUGGCAGAUGUCAAUGGCAGCUACACGUCGAUUGGUGGAGACGCUGCCGCUUUCGCAGCUUCCAACCAAGACCUACAAACUGUUAAGCUUUUGCAGCGUGUGUCCCUUUCAGAAGUCCACUACUUGCUAUGUGCCGUUGUAGAUUUUGGUGGACGCAGAGUCUUGGCCCAAACACCCGUCCCAGGUCUUUUGAGUGCCAUGGGCUCAGUUACCAAGUUCAAUCCUGAGUCUGAAGAAGUUGUAACAGAAGAUCUGAAUUCCGACGUCAAUGUCGUAUAUGGUCUUGAAGAAUCAACAGGCGAAAUCCUCUACAACCAGGAAUUUGACGACGCUCUCGAGUCAUUUUCACAGCUUCUGCAUCUAAAAUCACACAAGAUUGGGAAGGCUGACAUCAAGAUCUCAUCGCAUUCCAAGGGCAUUGUUGGAGCUGACAAACGUAAAUACAUCCUGGAUCUUGCCAACUCUCAUCCUCUUGAUGUGAACUUCGUCAGAAAAUUUUACGACGGAGUUGAGGAGAACGAACGGUACCCGCACAGACAAGCAUUGAUUAGAAAUGAUCUUGUUGAUAAAUGGUGGGCUAACAAAAUCGAGACGGCCGGUAUAAGUUUUGAAAAGGCCUUCGAAGAAAAGAUGUUCGCUUUUAACACUGAUGCUUACGUUGUUGAGGGUAUCGAAGACCCCUUGGUUGAGGAAAUAUCCAAUUAUCUGACAAACGAAGUCAUCACAGAGGUGGUGAAGGAAUAUGCCUCAGGAAGCACUUCUGCUCCGUAUGAUGGUGAUCAUUUGACAGAUUCUCUGCACAAGAAUGGUAUCAAUAUGCGUUACCUAGGCCAUGUGGUUGAACUGGCAGAAAAAGAGCUAAAGGAACAAGAAAAUAAGCACAAAGCUAAGCUAGCAGAGGUAGAAGCCGGAAAUCAAGAGUAUGAGAAUUGGGAGAAGGAAUAUUUGGUCAAGAUCGAAGGCCUUAUCAAAGAAAGACAAGCCAAAAUCAACAAGCUAGUAGGAGAAGGAAAGGACAUUCCUGAAGAACUGAAGGGUGAUUUGAAGCUAGAUGACAGCGAGAUAAGAAAGCCCACAAAGAGCGAACCAGUUGUAGUCAAUCGCGACCAUUUGUUGUGCUUGAUCAGCGUGGGUCACUUGGAAAUCGCCGCCCGUUCCUUAAAGCACGUUUUCCGUGAUUUUGCCAGAGACCUUCCUGUUUCGGUGAUUUCUAGCCUUGUCGCCUACUUUUUCAACCUGCUCUUUGGAAGUCGAUACGAAGAAGCACCUCUACCAGAAAUCUUGGAUGAAUUUUAUUCUCAAACCGAGUUUUCGUUUUCGAAAAUCACUCGCGCUCAAUUGUUUGAAGCUGCCAAGGAGCAGGCACGUAAAAGAUUUCGUUUUGAUCUCUCCGACCAAAUUUUGGAAGAUCUGUGCCAGCAGUCGUUUUCUUUGAUGAGAGCGGUUUCCAAGAAAUUUGGUGUCCAGUGGGUGAACAGAGAUUAUUUCUUCACGAUGGAAGACUUUGAGAACUUCAAACAAACACAAGACAAAAAGAUCAGAAGCAAGCUUACCGCUCCCAAGUACACCUUUUCUCCUACUGACUUGGCAGUCAUUCCUGUUGUGAAAGACGGCCAAUACCAGUCCUUGUCAGGGGAUAACUUCUGGACGCAAGGUUCAACCUUGCUGAACGAAAGACAGGAAGACGCGCUUGUUCUUUUGAAUCAAGCUUUGACCAUUAAGGAAGAGGUCAACGGUAUUGUGCACCCUUCGGUUGCCGAAUCCUACAUGGCAAUUUCCACAAUCUAUCACACUCUGAACAAGCUACCAGAUGCCGUUUCUUUUUGUCGGAAAGCUUGCAUCAUCUAUGAGAGGACAAAGGGUACGGACUCUUUUGAACUUGUGAGAUGUUUGACCAAUCUGGCCAUUCUAGAAGUCAGCAACAAGAGUCCUUACAACGGUGCUUGUGUUUUGAAUCGGGUGGUGAGCACAGUGAACGCCUUAAAUUUAACUGUGCAUCCAGCCAUCAUUAACGCUUACACAAUGUUGCAACAGGCUUCUUUAGCUUCCAAGAACGCUCCUUUGGCAAUCGAAGUCAUGAAGAAACUUUCGACCACUAUACUAAAAAUUGAAGACGGUCACCAUUCGAUUGCAUAUGGAUACAACCAAUCUCGUAUCGGUGAUCUUUGUGUGACUUUGAAGGAUUACACUAGUUCUCUAAAAGCCAUUUCGGACGCAGAAGCGGUUUUCACCAGAGAGCUUGGUUUGAAUGAUGAAACCACAGCUCAGUGCAAGCAAUGGGUGACAGGUUUGCGUAAUGUUCUUCAACACCAAAAGCAGCAGCAAAACCUGUCCCAGACACAAAGUGCUGUCAAUUCGGGACCAACUCCUGCCACUACCAGAAAGGUUAAGGCUCCAAAGGCAGUCAAGAAAGAUGAAAAGCCAAACCUAGAGUUGGUCAAUAAGUCUGUCGAUGAACUUUUGAACUAUAUCGAAGGUGACUCUGCCAAAAAGUCGAAAGGAGGGAAGAAGAAGAACAAAAAAUGA